CUGACGGCACUGGCAGCGCAGGGGCGUCUGCAGCCGGGUCCUCCUCUCCCUCCACGCAGUCUCCUGUGUGCAAGCCUCUCUCCUGGGCUCACAAUCUUUCUUCACAUCUAUUUUUAGUUUUCCUGGCUCAAGCUUCUUUAGGCUACUGAAACACAACCCUCACACUCUCUCCCUCUCCCUCUGGCAUGAGUGCAGCUGGUAGGAGCCCCCAGGUACAAAGCGCUCAGAAAUCCUGUUGUCUUCGUUUCUUGGGGGAUCUUAUGGCUCCAGGAUUGAAGCUUGGUUUUUCAAGCUGGACAUUAAGCCGGGGGACCUUCUGACGGACUUUCAGUUUGGAAUCAGAGGUGGACAUUUUUCUCUCAGAUGACAAACUCACUCCAACUUCCCCUCUGCACUUGCGGCCCUUCCUUAAAGGUAGCUGUAUCUUGUUUUCUUUAAAACCUCUUCCUUUCAAACGCUGCCCGCCAUGCCAACUGUGGUGAGCGCGUCUGUGGCCCCGAGGACAGCAGCCGAGCCCAGGUCCCCAGGGCCAGUCCCCCACCCAGCCCAGGGAACGACAACGGGGGCUGGGGGCGGACACCCAGGUGGCAUCUAUUCAGCCAUCAUCAGCCGCAACUUUCCUAUCAUCGGAGUGAAAGAGAAGACGUUUGAGCAGCUUCACAAGAAAUGUCUAGAAAAGAAAGUUCUUUAUGUGGACCCCGAGUUCCCACCGGAUGAGACCUCUCUCUUUUACAGCCAGAAGUUCCCGAUCCAGUUCGUCUGGAAGCGCCCUCCGGAAAUCUGUGAGAAUCCCCGAUUUAUCAUUGGCGGAGCCAAUAGGACUGACAUCUGCCAAGGAGACCUAGGGGACUGCUGGUUUCUCGCAGCCAUCGCCUGCCUGACCCUGAACGAGCGGCUGCUUUUCCGAGUUAUCCCCCAUGACCAAAGUUUCACUGACAACUAUGCGGGGAUCUUCCACUUCCAGUUCUGGCGCUAUGGAGACUGGGUGGAUGUGGUUAUUGAUGACUGUCUGCCUACAUACAACAAUCAGCUGGUCUUCACCAAAUCCAACCACCGCAAUGAGUUCUGGAGUGCUCUGCUGGAGAAGGCUUAUGCUAAGCUCCAUGGUUCCUACGAAGCCCUGAAAGGUGGGAACACCACAGAGGCCAUGGAGGACUUCACAGGAGGGGUGACGGAGUUUUUUGAGAUCAAGGAUGCUCCGCGAGACAUGUACAAGAUCAUGAGGAAAGCCAUCGAGAGAGGCUCCCUCAUGGGCUGCUCGAUUGAUGAUGGCACAAACAUGACCUAUGGAACCUCUCCUUCCGGUCUCAACAUGGGGGAGUUGAUUAAACGGAUGGUGAGGAACAUGGAUAACUCGCUGCUCAGGGACUCAGACCUCAUCCCCAGAGGCUCAGAUGACAGACCAUCGCGGACAAUUGUUCCGGUUCAGUAUGAGACACGAAUGGCCUGCGGGCUGGUCAAAGGGCAUGCCUAUUCUGUCACUGGACUGGAGGAGGCCCUGUUUAAAGGUGAGAAAGUGAAGCUGGUGCGGCUGCGGAACCCCUGGGGCCAGGUGGAGUGGAACGGCUCUUGGAGUGACGGCUGGAAGGACUGGAGCUUUGUGGACAAAGAUGAGAAGGCCCGUCUGCAGCACCAGGUCACUGAGGAUGGAGAGUUCUGGAUGUCAUAUGACGACUUCAUCUACCACUUCACAAAGCUGGAGAUCUGCAACCUGACUGCGGAUGCCCUGGAAUCUGACAAGCUGCAGACGUGGACGGUGUCGGUGAACGAGGGCCGCUGGGUGAGGGGCUGCUCUGCCGGAGGCUGCCGCAACUUCCCAGAUACUUUCUGGACCAACCCCCAGUACCGUCUGAAGCUCCUGGAGGAGGACGAUGACCCUGAUGACUCCGAGGUCAUCUGCAGCUUCCUGGUGGCCCUGAUGCAGAAGAACCGGCGGAAGGAUCGGAAGCUGGGCGCCAACCUCUUCACCAUUGGCUUCGCCAUCUAUGAGGUUCCCAAAGAGAUGCACGGGAACAAGCAGCACCUGCAGAAGGACUUCUUCCUGUACAAUGCUUCCAGGGCCAGGAGCAAAACCUACAUCAACAUGCGGGAGGUAUCCCAGCGCUUCCGCCUGCCUCCCAGUGAGUACGUCAUCGUGCCCUCCACCUACGAGCCCCACCAGGAAGGGGAAUUCAUCCUCCGGGUCUUCUCUGAAAAGAGGAAUCUCUCUGAGGAAGUUGAAAAUACAAUCUCUGUGGAUCGACCAGUGAAAAAGAAAAAACCCAAGCCCAUCAUCUUCGUUUCAGACAGAGCAAACAGCAACAAGGAGCUGGGUGUGGACCAGGAGUCAGAGGGCAAAGACAAAGCAAGCCCCGAUAAACAGGAGAAAUCCCCACAGCCACGGCCUGGCAACACUGACCAUGAAAGCGAGGAACAGCAGCAAUUUCACAACAUCUUCAAGCAGAUAGCAGGUGAUGACAUGGAGAUCUCUGCAGACGAGCUCAAGAACGUCCUUAAUGCUGUUGUGAACAAACACAAGGACCUGAAGACACAAGGUUUCACGCUGGAGUCCUGCCGUAGCAUGAUUGCCCUCAUGGAUACAGAUGGCUCGGGGAGGCUGAACCUACAAGAGUUCCAUCACCUGUGGAAGAAGAUCAAGGCCUGGCAGAAAAUCUUCAAACAUUAUGACACAGACCAGUCCGGCACCAUCAACAGCCACGAGAUGCGCAAUGCUGUGAACGAUGCAGGCUUCCAUCUCAACAGCCAGCUCUACAACAUCAUCACCAUGCGGUAUGCAGACAGACACAUGAACAUCGACUUUGACAGCUUUAUCUGCUGCUUUGUCAGGCUGGAGGGCAUGUUCAGAGCUUUCAAUGCAUUUGACAAAGAUGGAGAUGGGAUCAUCAAACUCAACGUUCUAGAGCUUGUCUGCUGACUGACCUGUUGUCGAGCUUAUCUGGACCACGGCCUGCAGUCCAUCUAUAAGCAUCUUGUGUUUCCCACCCAGGUCCCUUCACAUUCUCUAUGCCAACAUGGAAAAAAAUGGGCUGACUGUGAACAUGCAGACAAGAUUAUACAAGUAAAAAGUCAUUAGUAAAGUACUUUAUUUUCCCCUUGUAUUUGCUUUAUAUCUUGCUUUACAAAGUUAUGAAGUUCACAACUUUAUACCAAAAUGUAAGAAGGCUAGGCUAUUUGCUUAUAAACAUUUUUUGCAGUCAAGUGUCAUCUAACCUUGUUCUUCUUCUAAACCAUAGUCAAUGUUUAAAAAAAAUCAGAAAUCAAGGGUAUUGUAGCAGCUUAGGGCAUACAUUUUUCUUUAACAGAAGAAAGAUUUUCAACAGUUUUUCCUUCUUGACCCCACCCUCCCCCGGCUCCAAUUAUGCAGGCUACUAACUUGAAUUUAGAGCAAAUCUGGGAAAGAUCUGGCAAGACUGCAUAUUUGAGGAUGGAGGGAAAGGUAGAGGUUACUGUCUGAUAAGUAGUGGGUUUGGUUUAUAUGAGGACUGCAACUCACUUGCAUGUGGAACUCAGUAUAGCCCUAAUCUCCUCCAGAAUAGCUUUUCCUUAUCUGACUACAACUUUUUUUUUUUUUUUUGGUACUGGGAAUUGAACUCAGGACCUCAUACUUGCCAGGCAGGCAUUGCGCCACUGAGCUAUAUCCCCAGCCCCUGACUACUACUCUUAAACACCAAGGAUCCUAAUGAUGUAGUACAAGGAUGAAGCCACCAUCUUAUAAAUGUGGCAGGUAUGCCUUUCAUAAUAAUCCUAGGAGCUCUCCUUUAGGUGACAAGAACAGAAUUUGUAAGUCAGCAUAUGGAAACUGCACUUAUUAGAGCAAACCAGAGAAUAUGUGCUAUUCAAAUCCCACAUCACAAUACACUUCGACCUCCAAUCAAUUCCAUUCCCUAAAAUACCAAUCAUUCUUCUAAGUGUACACCUACUCUCACCAAAUCAGCCACAUACCUCAUCACUAGUUGUCCACUGUAUAAUCUACCUGAAAAACUUGACAGAACAAAACCUUUGUUAGGCAAAUACUUAAAAAGCAACAGUUGCGCCUUUAAAUGAUAUGUAAGCCACUAGCUAAACAUUCAAUCACUAACUCUUCUGAGGGAGAAAACUUCUCCUCACAAGAGGAGGAGCAGUAAGAAACAACUUCUUCUCAAACUCAAGUAACAACAGGGUAAGAAAAUUCUCUGCUCUUCUUUUGCAUUGUAUUUGUCUUAUAACUGAGUAGAAGUAUGCCAAAAUAUAUUUUGAACCUAAUUAAAAACUUUUGCAUAAAACUUGAAGUAACUAAUGCUUUAACAGAACAAAGGACCAUUAAAAACACUAGCAUAUACACACAAGAGGAUUUAUUCUAUGGUUCUCUUGGUUUUGAGAUACUGAAACAGGCGUAAACCAAAAAAUUCUAAAAAAUGGCCUCCAAUGUGCCAGCUUUCGUCAGUCACCGAACAGUCUCCUUCGUUCGUGAGGCUGCUACCCGCCAGUGUCAGCACAGGUGCCUGAGCCAUAGCUCCUCUGUGAGGGGAAAGAGAGGCCAUGACUGUAACGGUGCCGUGAGACUAGAAGGCAGUCAAAGUUGCGCCACUAGGGAUAGCAGCACAACCACAGCAGCCAAGACACUUAUGGUUCCUUUAUUUCUCAACAGAGGGCUAACAUGGUUUAUUAAGAAUAACUCAUUAAUCUGGUAUUAAGAAGAAUUCUACAUGUCCUUGGAAAGAAUAUAUUACUGCCACUGCUUCAAAGACAACUUUGUGAGAUGAGGAAAGAUAUCAAAUAUAGGUGCCCACAAGUAUAUACACACAGACAGGGACUUUCACACAUGCAAACAGGCAGAUACAUGCACACAAUUCUACCAAGUGGAAUCCAAUCACAAUUCAGUUCUUACUAACUCCAUCAGCCUGUAACGCCCUCAGAAGUUCCCAUGACUGUCUGACACCUCACGUUCCCCUUCCUCCUGUACAAAGGCACCAUGCUGUUCCUGGUUCAGGCUCUGAGAACACACCACCCUAUUCACAUGGAAAUGUGUCACUGCAGCCCAAAGAAAAAUGCCACGGUUAGCAAUGAAUCCAAAUGGACUUUCCUGGGCAAUCAUUAUUCCCAAACCCACAGAAUAACGUGGCUUCUGUGGCCACCCUUGCAGGAUACAGGGGUGAGAGGUGGGGAAAGACUGUUAACCUUACACACAGAAACUGCACAAUUACUUUAUCUACAAGAGCUCUGUUCUCCCUUCAGCUCAUGCAAAUCUAAACAGUGUGGUUAACAAAAGAGGACACUCAAAAGGACAGAAUUAAUAGGUUGUGAGGCCAGCCAUUAUCUGGUAGUAGCUCUUAAAUUAGUUCUGGCUCCAGUCAGAACCACUGGAGCCUUUUCUG